CACCAUGGAGAGCGCGGCGCGCGGGGUCCAUAUAUAACCCAGAGGUGAAACUGAAUCAUCAGAGCCCCAACUAUGUGUUUUUGUGCCCAACAGUUAGGUUACUCUGUCUGUGUAAAGUGGGUUAGCUAGGCAACCCAUGUGAGGUGAAUUACGGAAAGUAUUGAGGGGACACGGACAGACGCAUGUGAGGGAAGUUGGAACAUUUUCUGUUUUUAUCCGGAGUUCAGCAGGAGAGCGAGAGUAACACUUCAGCGCAACGCUAGCUUCAGGCCCUGGAGGGAAGCAUGUGGCUCCUGGAGAAGUUCCGUGGCCCUCACAAUGGUCACUCUGCAUCGGCAGGGGACAAGCAGCAGAACCAGACUGGCCCCGUCUCCGUCUAUAACAACAUCAUCACCCCUGAUAAGAUCCCUGACUUCUUCAUCCCCCCCAAACUCAUCUGCUGCCCUUCAGAGGCAGAGUGCCUAACUCCGGAGACCCAGCCCCGCUCUACUCUGUGCCCCUCCGCCUCAGAGCACACCAUCUGCAGCCAAACCCAGGGCAACUGCACCCGGAACCCCCGCAGCCCACGUCUGCUCUCCCGACUGACUGGGGACACCCGCAGCCUCUUGAGGGCCGCUAACCGCCACGUCAUCCAGAUAGAGAGCGCUGACGACCCGGGGAGCGAGGUAGGGGAGGGGGGAGACCCUAACACCAAUGCAGACCCCCAGUCCCAGACCGCCAUGUCCCUGCCUUACGUCCCCAAAGCCCAGACCUCGUACGGUUUCUCCACGCUGGUGGAGAGCCCCCACACCCGCCGCAAGGAGUCCCUGUUCCACAGCAACCCCAACAGCCCCCACACCUCCCCGGGCUCCCAGAGACGCACCCAGGGUGGGAACCACCUGACCCCCUCCGACCCCAACCCCUACCGCUAUUUCAGCGGGGGUGAGAGCGACACGUGCUCCUCAGCCGAGUCCUCCCCCUUUACCUCCCCUCUCCUCACCCGCUCUGCCUCCCUCCUCCGAUCCAUCACCCAGGAGACGCAGGCCAAGGUGUCUCGUGCCAAGCGUACCCUGGCGCGCCACAGCUCCCUGUCCACAGACGAGUGCAGCUCAGCCGACAACAGCCCCAACCUGACACGCCGCCGCCUGCGCUGCCCUCCCUCCCCCGCCUUCCGCGGACGCAAGGGGACCGGCUCCGGGGGGGCAAGUUCAGACCUCCAGCGCGAGCACUCGGUCAACCUCCACAAGGGCGGCACGCUGAGAAUCAGCAUGCACUACGACGCCGAAACGGCCCGGCUGAGGGUCCGAGUGCUCGCCGCCGAGGACCUGUAUGACAAACAGACGGACGUGAAGAGCAUCAACUGCUGCGUGUCUCUGUACCUGAACCCGGGCAAGCAGCAGAAGCAGAGGAGCACUAUCAUCAAGAACAGCAGGAACCCCGUGUUCAACGAGGACUUCUUCUUUGACGCGGUGCCCGUCACCCAGGUCAAGAGCCUGGCCAUGAAGAUGAAGGUGGUGAACAAGGGGACCAGUCUGAAGAGAGACCUGCUGCUGGGGGAGAGGGAGGUGCUGCUCAGCGACCUGCUGCCAGGCUUCUAGGGACACAAAGAUGCUCCCUCCCCUGGUUAUCUCCCUUAUCACUCUUCACUCGUUUACUCCCAUUUGCCUGAUCUGAUAGGGAAUCAAUUAUGGUGGGCACUAGGUCGAGCUAUUGCUUCACAGUUCAACUACCAUAGGUUACCUACCACAGUUCACCUACCACAGCUCACCUACCACAGUCAACCUACCACAGCACACCUACCACAGCGCAUUUACCACAGCACACCUAACACAGUUCACCUACCACAAUUCACUUACCACAGUUCACCUACCACAGGGCACCUACCACAGCUCACCUACCACAGCUCACCUACCACAGUUCACAUACCACAGUUCACUUACCACAGUUCACCUACCACAGCUCACUUACCACAGUUCACCUACCACAGUUCACCUACCACAGUUCCCCUACCACAGUACCCCUACCACACCACAGCACCCCUACCACACCGCACCUACCACAGUUUACCUACCACAGUACCCCUACCACACCACAGCACCCCUACCAUAGCUCACCUACCACAGUACCCCUACCACACCACAGCACCCCUACCACACCGCACCUACCACAGUUCACCUACCACAGUUCACCUACCACAGUUCACCUACCACAGUUCACCUACCACAGUUCACCUACCACAGUUCACCUACCACAGUUCACCUACUACCCAGUCAAGUCAGAUCUGUGAAGGGGAUGGAACAAGAACAAAGGAGAGCAGACAACUUGUUGGAAUGAAAUGCGGCCAGGCUGUUUCUUCUGUCUGGAUUGACUGAGAUUGACUUAGAUCAAACCCUGUGGUGGAGCGCUUUAGUGAAAUUGGUCACCUUGGAGACCAGCAUGUAGCAGAUCAGAGUGAGGAGGUGUGUGUGUGUGGGGGGAUUCUCCACAUUGUGGGUUUGAUUUCAUUCUACCAUCACAUUAUCUUACCUAUUGACAGCAGUAGUAAAGCUAUGUUUCUCUUGCUACAUCUCCCCUCUUUAUAUUGUAUUGCUGAACUGUCUUUAUUGAUUCACUUGAGGGUAUAUUCAUAUUGUGUUAUUCAGUACAUGUGCAGUGGCUGGGUUCCAUAUCAUUAGUGAGGAAGCUGGAUGAUACUAGUGUGAGUUGUGAACAGUAUAUUUUGUAAUUAUUCUGUACUUUUACCAGAAUGUCAUUUUGCAUGCUCUUUGUUCUUAAACACAUUUAUCAUGAUCAAUGGAAGAUUCCUUAGUUUUAAUUAAGAGCUGUAAAAUCAGAAUCAGUGUUAGAUUGAACAUAUGGAUAUGAUUGAUGUUUGUGUGACACGUUGACUUCUAUCUAUUAAAAAGCGCUAGCUCUUC